GCGGCUCUCGGGACUCGGGAGCCUCGCUGCCACCUUCGACUUUCCUUUCUUCUCGGCCUUUUCUCCGCUGUCCAGUCGAGGCCGGGCAGCGGGCACCAGCGGACCUAACAGCAGACCCACGAGCGGUGCCAGAGGAGCAGCCUCUGCUCCUCGUCCUCGAGCCCUGUCAGCGGAACUGCUCGCUGCCGCCAUCAUGUCUGCUACAAAUUCUGAGACUCCAAAGUCAACCAUCUCCAGAGAGGCCAGCACCCAGUCCUCAUCAUCUACGACCAGCCAAGGCUAUGUUUUACCUGAAGGCAAAAUCAUGCCAAACACCGUUUUUGUUGGUGGAAUUGAUGUUAGGAUGGAUGAAGCCGAAAUUAGAAGUUUCUUUGCUAGAUAUGGUUCAGUGAAAGAAGUGAAGAUAAUCACGGAUCGAACUGGUGUAUCCAAAGGCUAUGGAUUUGUUUCAUUUUAUAAUGAUGUGGAUGUGCAGAAGAUAGUAGAAUCACAGAUAAAUUUCCAUGGUAAAAAGCUGAAACUGGGCCCUGCAAUCAGGAAGCAAAAUUUAUGUGCUUAUCAUGUGCAGCCACGUCCUUUGGUUUUUAAUCCUCCUCCUCCACCACAGUUUCAGAGUGUCUGGAGUAAUCCAAAUGCUGAAACUUAUGUGCAGCCUUCAACCAUGAUGAAUCCUAUAACUCAGUAUGUUCAGGCAUAUCCUCCUUAUCCAAGUUCACCAGUUCAGGUCAUCACCGGAUAUCAGCUGCCUGUUUAUAAUUAUCAGAUGCCACCACAAUGGUCUACUGGGGAACAAAGGAGUUAUGUUAUACCUCCGGUUUAUACAGCUGUUAACUACCACUGUAAUGAAGUUGAUUCAGGAGCUGAAGUUUUGACAAGUGAAUGCUCAGUUCAUGAAGCUACUACUCCAUCCUCUGGGAAUGGCCCACAAAAGAAAUCUGUGGAUCGAAGCAUACAGACGGUGGUAUCUUGUCUGUUUAAUCCAGAGAACAGACUGAGAAACUCUGUUGUUACUCAAGAUGACUACUUCAAGGAUAAAAGAGUGCAUCAUUUUAGAAGAAGUCGGGCAGUGCUUAAAUCUGUUUGAUCCUCUCUUCUAACUUUCUAGUCUCAUUGGAAGUUGCUGGUUUUGAAUACUAAGAAGAGACUGAAAGUUUUUCACUAUUAUAGAAAUUUAAUUCUGAGUAUUGAUAAAUCACAUUAA